AAUGUGGUGGAGUGACUGAUGCAUGAAAACAAAAUUAAUGAUGACUCUCCGUUGACGCAAAAAAACGAUCUGUUUGAACUGCUUUGGUAUACGGUGGUCACCAUAGCAACCGUCUGCAGUGGCUCAUGGACUUUAAUAAGACGUUAUGGCGUUACUAUCUGCACAAUGUAGCUGAUGGAAACUGAGAUUUCUUUAUUUUAUCACACAAAAACAUCAGUUGAAAACGUGCGUCAGUUAUUUUCUACUUCUCGAUCCGCGUCACAUCAUCCCGUCUUCACAUGAUCGCUCACACUCCCGCUGCCUCUCUUCGCUCUUUAGUUACCAUCUGUGUCUCCGUGAUCCCUCACACCUGCGGCGGAGGACUCGAGCAUGUGUUUUGCAUCAAAUUCCGAGGAUUAUAAUCUGAGACUUUUAAUCCUUCAGGAGAGAAUCAAGUCACAGCAGAGGCGAGAUCUUCAUGAACAGAAAUGUGUGGGGAACAGAAAUGAGAGCACAGUUUGCUUUAAAGUUGAAGCAAAGUCCUUGUGUCAGAACGAGCUCCGUAACUUAUCAAAGGCAAGAAUCCUUUCAAGACCUGAAACAAAGAAAAGGUAGUACUGAAACGUUACUGUUUCCUAUUGCCAGGAUCUUGUCGGUACAUUCCACUUCUGUUUGCUGCUUAAGUAAAAAAAGACACUUAAAGCACAUCUCACCAUGUCCGACCAAGCCGCUUCCUUCGCCAAGGAUUUCCUGGCUGGUGGCGUCUCCGCCGCCCUCUCCAAAACGGUCGUUGCGCCAAUCGAGAGAGUGAAGCUCCUCCUUCAGGUUCAACACGUCAGUAAGCAGAUCGCCGCCGAUAAGCAGUACAAGGGUAUCAUUGACUGCAUUGUCCGUAUCCCCAAGGAACAGGGAUUCCUGUCCUUCUGGAGGGGUAACCUCGCCAACGUGAUCAGAUACUUCCCCACCCAGGCCCUCAACUUUGCGUUCAAGGACAAGUACAAGGGGAUCUUCCUUGACGGUGUUGACAAGCGCACCCAGUUCUGGAGGUAUUUCGCUGGUAACCUGGCGUCCGGCGGUGCCGCGGGCGCCACGUCCCUAUGCUUCGUGUACCCCCUCGACUUCGCCCGCACCCGUCUGGCAGCCGACGUGGGAAAGGCUGGAGUGGAGAGGGAGUUCAACGGCCUCGGCAACUGCCUGGUGAAGAUCUCCAAGUCUGACGGUGUGAGAGGUUUGUACCAGGGCUUCAACGUGUCCGUGCAGGGCAUCAUUAUCUACAGGGCGGCGUACUUCGGCAUGUACGACACAGCUAAGGGAAUGCUUCCGGAUCCCAAGAACACCCACAUACUGGUGAGCUGGAUGAUCGCGCAGACCGUGACGGCGGUCGCCGGCCUGGCCUCGUACCCCUUCGACACCGUGCGCAGACGUAUGAUGAUGCAGUCCGGACGCAAAGGAGCCGACAUCAUGUACAGCGGAACCAUCGACUGCUGGCGCAAGAUUGCAAAUGACGAGGGUGGGAAAGCGUUCUUUAAGGGAGCCUGGUCCAACGUGCUCAGAGGGAUGGGCGGAGCCUUCGUGCUGGUGUUGUACGAUGAGAUGAAGAAAGUAAUCUAAAUCCUCAAAUUGGCGGAUUUAACCAUGAUUUUGAGUCUUCCACACCCUCUAGUAACACGAUGAAGGAUUUGCUCUAUGGUUCCCCCCACAGUUUGUCAACGGUAUUGUUAACUCUAACCGCAUGCAUUUGUUGUCGGUGAACAACCACGUCUUCAGACCAGGAACAGAUGCCUAUGUUAUCACGUUUUAUACGUCUCCCGUCUUUAAGGACACCCUGGACUUAGCCCGGACCAGAUCUUAAUUAAAAUAAAUAAAUUAAAUAAUUAGUGUUAGAAUAGACUGUAGACUAUAGUAGAUUAUCAUUUAAUUUCCAGAUGCAUGUUUAAAACAGUGCGAUGUCGCCUCUAAUCUAAUG